UCUGUUCCGUGUGCUAUGUUUAUCAUUCCUUUUUGCAGACUAGCCGGCUAUAAUUUCACCAAGGACCUCUGUGAACCUCUUUGCUCUGCUCUACAAUCAGCGAAGUCCUCCCUGAAAGAACUAGACCUCAUUAACAAUGACCUACAAGAUUCAGGACUGGAGCUCCUCUCUGCUGGGCUGAAGAGCUCACACUGUAAACUGGAGACACUCAGACUAGUUAUUUGUAAUAUUGGACAAAAGGCUUGUGAAAAUCUAGGAUCCAUUCUAAAAUCAGCAAACUCCUCACUGACAAAACUGGAUCUUAGUAACAGUGAUCUGCAGGAUUCAGGGGUGGAUCUGCUCUCUGCUGGACUGAGGAGUUCACAAUGUAAACUGGAGAAACUCGGAUUGUCUGGUUGUAUGGUUACAGUUAAAGGCUGUUCUUCUCUGGCAUCAGCUCUGAAAUCAAACCCCUCCCACCUGAGAGAACUAGAUCUGACCUAUAAUCACCCAGGAGAGUCUGGAGUGAAGAUGCUGUCUGAGCUAAAGGAGGAUCCACACUGUGCACUGGAGAAACUCAGGGUGGAUCAUGGAGGGGAGAACAGGAUGAAACCAGGACUGAAGAAAUAUGCUGUUGAUCUCACUCUGGAUCCAAACACAGUGAACAGGUGUCUCUCUCUGACUGAGGGGAACAGAAAGGUGGAGUGGGUGGAUGAAGAUCAGUCGUAUCCAGAUCACCCAGACAGAUUUGAUGACUCUGAGCAGGUUCUGAGUGUGGAGAGUCUGACUGGACGCUGUUACUGGGAGGCUGAGUGGGAUGGAGAGAGAGCUGAUAUAUCAGUAUCAUACAGAGGAAUCAGGAGGAAAGGAGGCAGUGAGUCUAGGUGUUCUUACAAAUAUGAGGGCGGGGGGUUAACAAUAAUCAGCAAUGACUGUAUGUUUGGACACAACAGUCACUCCUGGAGUCUGUUCUGCUCUGCUCACAGCCUCGGUUCAAAUGACUAUUAUGUUUGUCACAAUAAUCAGAUAACAGCUCACCUUCGCCCACCUGUCCGCUUUAACAGAGUAGGAGUGUAUCUGGACUGGGAGUCUGGCACUCUGUCCUUCUACAGCGUCUGCCCUGGCACACACACACUGACCCACCUACACACACUCACCACCACAUUCACUGAGCCGCUCUACACUGGGUUUGGAGUUGAAGGCUCCUCAGGGCGACUGUGUUUAAUAUAAUAACCUCCUGAAUCCUGGAGGAAAAACUAAAACACCACAAACACACUGCUGUGUUUAUCAUAGCAGAUAAUAAUACAUACGAUUACAUUUCAGUUUGUAGUACUAACAAUGUAAUAAAUAGAUAAUAUCCUUUCACUGAUACACUGACGAAUGAAAACUCUGUAUUCUACUGAGAGCUGGUAACCACAGCUUACAGAGGAUUACAUUAAGGAGCAAAUUAAAGCAGUUAAUUAGAUUAUAAUUAUAAUAUAUCAUACUUAUUAUAGACUAUUUCUCACAGAUAUAGAUCUAUAAAGCCCUCCUUACCCUGCAGGUGUGCUUUGUAGAUACUCUUCUUCUAGACCCUUAAAGGCUACACUGUACUACACAGGUUUGGAGUGUCUGCUUAUCAGAUCGACGGAUGGUGAAUGAAUGAAUGAGUCGGACUGUAUUUGAUCUGUACCUGGUUUAAAUGUUUAAAUGUCCAUUAUAGAUUAAUUUUACUCAUCUUCUUAUUGAUUUAUUAAUGUCUAUGCAUUUUCCCAGUUUUCUCCCCAGUUUAUUCAUGUCCAGUUCCACCCACUAGCUAGGUCCCCCUCAGUGAUGCGAUAUCACCAGUGCUAGGAGGGUGAAGGCUAAGUGCCUCUGAGUCAUGAGCAGCUCCACUGCUGUAAAUGCAACCCCUUGUGAGAAAAUUGUAUAUUUCAGUCAUGAUCUUUUAGGUUUUAUAUAUAUAUAUUGAACUUUAUACUUAACUUUUAUAUGCUUAUUCUGUAAACAUUGAAAAGCUGAGCUAAUUUGGUCAGGAUGAUAUUUUUAAUAAAAUUAUAGACGUAGUAAAAGCGCUUUGUUAUGAUUAAACUGUAUUGUUUCAGCAAUAAGACUGUUCUUCAGUUCUAUAUAGAGUUACAGCUCUGCUUUAUUAAGGUUUAAUGAAAUGAAACAUUUAUGUUAAUUUUGUGAUUUGCUUAAAGUUGUGCUUACAGUGCACUUGAUUAUAAUAAAUAAGUUUAUUAUGAA